CCGCGUAUUUUCUUGCAGGAUUGCCUACUCUCUCACGCAAAUCUUACGGCAAGUCUGUUAUUCCAUUACGAACCUAAUACUAGCUGCAUCAAAGGCUUUGGAGAACUUUGCAAACCCUUCCGACUAUUUACGAAGUAAAAAAACCUAAGUCUCACUCCAGACAGCAAAGCAGUGUUUGCAACCCUGCUUAAGUAAAGCAGAGAUGCCUAACAUUUUAAAGAGUCACUAUCCAGGCACUCGUGCCACAGAUCAUGCUCUUAAACGCUAUAAUUUGUUUAUUGUUAAUGAUGUGCGGCUUAAUUGCGCGAAACGAGCCGAAAACGCUCCGGCCAAUCAGAACGUGCUAACAUUAGGACCUUCUAAAGGUGCGCCGCCGGACGUCAUCAUCGUAAGCCCGAGCCGACAUGGCCGCUAGAGAAGGCGAGAUGGCUACAUCGGCUGAUGAUGAUGAUGCUGCUUUUCAGACGUUUUACACCGAGGUGAAGCAGAUUGAAAAGAGAGACUCUGUCCUCACACCGGCACAGCAGAUAGAAAGGCUAACCAGGCCAGGAUCUUCCUAUUUCAAUUUGAAUCCCUUUGAGGUCCUUCAGAUUGACCCUGAAGUAACGGACGAAGAGAUAAAGAAGAGAUUUCGGCAGCUCUCAAUUCUAGUCCAUCCAGACAAGAACCAGGAUGAUGCUGACAGAGCCCAGAAAGCUUUUGAAGCGGUGGACAAGGCAUACAAACUGCUCUUGGACCAGGAACAGAAGAAGCGAAUCAUAGACGUGAUCCACGCAGGGAAGGAGCACGUGGAGCACAUGAUGGAGAAGAAGAAGAAGCAGUUGAAGAAGGACGGCAAGGUCAUGGUGGUAGAGGAGGACGACCCAGAGAUGUUCAGACAGGCAGUCUACAAGCAGACCAUGAAGCUUUUUGCAGAGCUGGAAAUCAAGAGGAAGGAGCGGGAGGCCAAGGAGAUGCACGAGAGGAAAAGGCAAAGGGAGGAAGAGAUUGAGGCUCAGGAGAAAGCCAAGCGUGAGAGGGAAUGGCAGAAGAACUUUGAGGAUACGCGGGAUGGUCGCGUGGACAGCUGGAGAAGCUUCCAGGCCAAAGGGAAGAGCAGGAAGGAGAAGAAGGUGCGGACGUUCCUCAAACCACCGAAGGUCAAGAUGGAACAGCGGGAGUGACCCCCCCCAGCCCCCCCUCCCAGUACUCUGCUCUCCUGUCUUCUGUUUAACGCCUGCUCUUAUGAGCAGAUGUGCACGUAUAUUUAUGAAGUCCGAUUCCCCUGGCAGAGCUCAGGGGCACAUUUUUGAAAUUGUCCCAUUUUAAUUUAUUUUGGCCUCGAUCCUUUCCUCCGUUUCAUGGAUGUGGUUUUCCAAAGGCUCCCCCGACUGAACCCUUGCCUCUACCUCGCCGUUGCCUGGUGCCGUCUUUCUGGGCCGGGCCGGGCUGGGCCGGCGGACCCAUCUUGAUAGUUUUGGAUGGAAUUCAGACUGCUCCUUGUUGCUGGACAGGGUGCCUGUCAGACUGUGAUUUUCAUUAAAGUGCUUCACUGUCACCCCUGCCGCCACCCUAUCAGUGUGCGGGCCGCCGCCUCCACAUGUGACUCUGAGAGGCUGUACCUGCCCUGUGUGUGAUGUGACUUGCUGAGGUGUCGCCGCCUCUACAUGUGACUCUGAGAGGUUGUACCUGCCCUGUGUGUGAUGUGACUUGCUGAGGCGCCGCCGCCUCCACAUGUGACUCUGAGAGAGACUGUACCUGCCCUGUGUGUGAUGUGACUUGCUGAGGCGCCGCCGCCUCCCCAUGUGACUCUGAGAGACUGUACCUGCCCUGUGUGUGAUGUGACUUGCUGAGGCGCCGCCGCCUCCACAUGUGACUCUGAGA